AUGCCGUCUAUUAAUAAUAACAGAGCAGAAAGAGCCACAGCGCGGAGGAGAGGCGGGCCGGUCCGCAUCACCAUCUCUGAUUCUUCUCUUUUUUUUUCCGAUCUGCACGAAUCCGCCGGCGCGCAAAUAAUGUGACAUAACGCCGCUUCAACUUCCGACAAAACGCUCCUUCUCCACCCGUUUAUUCGUCUUCAUUAUUUUAUUUUUGCAAACAGGUGCCAUCGUGUCGCCCAGCUUCCACGCUGCUGGCACACAGCCUCCCCUCCGCUCGGGCACCUCACUGCGGUCAUCCAUCAGCUCGGGCGGCCGCGGCUUGUUGGUAAACACGAGUCGGAUCCCGCCGGCGAGGACUCCCUCUGGUGCAUUGAUGCACCCGUUUCAGUGGUGUAACGGGUGCUUCUGUGGUCUGGGACUGGUUUACUCCAACAAGUCGUGCACCAUGCCGCCCAUCACCUUCCAGGACCUGCCACUCAACAUCUACAUGGUCAUCUUCGGGACAGGCAUCUUUGUCUUCAUCCUGAGCCUCAUCUUCUGCUGUUACUUCAUCAGCAAACUACGACACCAAGCCCAGAGUGAGCGGUUUGGAUACAGAGAGGUGGUUUUAAAAGGAGAUCCAAAGAAGUUGAGCCUUCAUGGGCAGACGUGCGCCGUGUGUCUCGAGGACUUCAGAGUGAAAGACGAGCUGGGAGUGUUGCCAUGCCAACAUGCUUUCCACAGGAAGUGUCUGGUAAAGUGGCUGGAGGUGCGCUGUGUCUGCCCCAUGUGCAACAAACACAUAGCCGGCCCGCCUGAGCAGCACCACAGCAUAGGCACUCUGCUGGAUGAACUGGUGUAACCUCUGAACCCCUGCCAGCCUGGGCGGGACGCCGGCGCCUGGCCAAACCAGCUGGUAUAAGUUAACGACCAACAGGAAGAGGGACACUGUUUGUGCUGCUAAAGCACAGCAAAACGCCAACACGAUGAUAGUAAGUUGGGGUAACCUAGUUACCACCCGGAGAUAGACUAUGAAAGAUGCUGUUGCCUAGCAACCAUCUCUGAGAUGGCAACACGACACCUUGUAGUGUCUGAGAGAUUAUCUCCAGCCACCCACACAUCACUCCACCAGUCCUCUUUCAACAUCCCCCUCUUCACCCGCUCCAUCACAUCUUCUCCCGUUGCCUCGAGUGAGGUUAACGGCGCCACCGAAGUGGAGGAGACACAGUUGCAUUUUUCAAAGCGAUGUGAGCAAGUGAGUGUUGAAGGAUGGCAGCAGGAGGCACUGACCCCCUCUGAGCAUGUAUGAGUGUCGUGCGUCACAGUGGUCACUGAUAUAAUAUCAAUAUCGGUUGAGGUUAUUGGAAAAUGGAUGCUACUGUAGAAGGUCUUACGUUUUGAGACAUCACAGACAGCUACCACUGCUAAUGACACAGUGAAGCCUUAGAGUUUAGAGCUAUCUAAGAUAACGGCCAGUAGAGAAUUAAUAAUCGACAGGGUUGAUUAAAACUGCUGUCAAGGAAAUUAAAAACUUUUUUUAAAGAUUCACAGGUCACACUGUUUAAAAAAAGGGUUGAAAAGGUGGAUUCACACCUCAUCAGGAGGACAGAAAUCUUAAAUUGUAGUCCACAUGUAGCAGAUUAAUCAGUGUUUCUGCUGAUAUGUUGAACUGAUACUGAUGUGAAACAUCCAUAUCGGUUCCCACCUCUGCAGCGAUAUCAUGUGUGUUCAUGCUCCAGUUGUUCCUUUUUGCACUGGGAUGUUUAUUUGUUCUGACAUGUUUUUAUUGUGUUAUAUAGAUGGAGGGAACUGACACCUCCUGCCUCUCGCUGUAACAGUUUUUUUUGUUGAAAUAUGUUGAAGACUCUUUUUUAGAUAUUGCACUUUGAAUUCACACAAACACACGACAAAAAAAAAAAAAAAAAGUUUUCAUGCCUUUGUUGUCCUGAAAUGUUAGACUAAGGGUUGGAUGCAGCAGGUGUGAUGGAUCUUUUAUAAAAGUCUGUGAAGUAUCACAGACGCUGGUUCAUCUGGAGAUAAAGGCAGCAGCAGUACAGACCCUCGGUGUUGUUCUGUGAACCCGUCUGGGAAGCAACUUAAGCUCACUUUCAAACACUGCGUUCUUGUGGCAUUACUACUGGUGAUUCUGUUUUACAUUCCUGACUCGUAGUUUUAUUUUGUGUGUGUGUGUAUGUGUGUGUUAUUUACACACGAUUCAGAAAGCAAAACACUGCCUAAAUUGAGCACAAAACUCACAAAGCACAUUGUCCAAACACGGAAGGCACCUGCACUGUAAUUAAAAGCCAAACACACAGGUGAGGCUGCUGAAGUCACACGAGUCUGUGUGCCAAGAAAAAAGACGUAGUCCGUCCUGUUGCAUUUUCGACACGUGAGAAAGACAAACGUUCACGCUAAUUCUGGCUACAUUCCACAUUUUGUAAUCCAACAGAUGUAAAUAACGUGGAACAAUAAUAAAUACAGUUGUCU